CAUAUUGGAAUUUCAUAAAGAUUAAUAUUUUUUUAUUUUUUUAUUGUUGCAGCUCUGAGAAAAGAACAACAUGGCUCGUCUCACAAUCUUAGCUGGAUUGUCUCUUUUGAUGUGUCUCCAGAUGGUGUCUUCCACCAAACUGGUGUGCUACUUCACAAACUGGUCCCAGUAUAGACCAGGUGCUGGCAGAUAUCUGCCUGCCAAUGUAGAUCCCAAUCUCUGCACACACCUGAUCUACGCCUUUUCAAUCAUCAACCCUUCUAACGAGCUGGUGACCAGUGACUGGAAUGAUUACGUUUUCUACAAAUCCUUCAAUGCACUGAAGAAUAUAAACCCCCAGCUGAAGACUCUGCUGGCGGUUGGGGGGGCGGCCUUUGGAACAACACAAUUUUCCAUCAUGGUUUCAUCAUCUUCCAACCGUGAGAGAUUCAUCCAGUCUUCAAUUAGAUUCUUGAGACUGCAUGGCUUUGACGGGCUGGACCUGGACUGGGAGUAUCCUGGAGCAUUAGGAAGCCCACCUGAGGACAUGCAUAGGUUCACACUGCUCUGCCAGGAACUAUUCGCUGCCUUUGAAAAAGAAGCAACAGAAACUCGCAAACCACGAUUGCUGCUUACAGCUGCAGUGGCUGCAGGGAAGGGAUACAUCGACAGUGGUUAUGAGAUUGCUGAAAUCUCGAAAUCCCUAGACUUUAUAAAUGUCAUGACCUACGACUUCCACGGAGCAUGGCACCCGUUCACGGGUCACAACAGCCCUCUGUACCGCAGCUCUUUUGAUCAGGGCAACAACAUCUACUCCAACGUGGACUUUACUUUAAAAUAUUGGAGAGACCAAGGUGUUCCUGUUGAAAAGCUCAUAAUGGGAUUUGCUACAUAUGGACGCGCAUUUCGCACAUCAUCAGUGGCUAACGGCGUUGGGGCACCAACCAGCGGAGCAGCCUCUGCUGGCCCCUACACCCGUGAGGCUGGGUUUUGGUCUUACUAUGAGAUUUGUACUUUCCUUCAAGGAGCCAGCCUCCACUGGAUUGAUGAACAAAGGGUUCCCUAUGCCGUAAAAGGAAAUGAGUGGGUUGGGUUUGAUAAUAAGCAAAGCAUUGCAAUCAAGGCACAGUGUAUGAAAGAUAACAAAUUUGGGGGAGCCUUUGUCUGGUCUCUGGACCUAGAUGAUUUUAAUGGACAGUUCUGUGGCCAGGGAAACUAUCCCCUCAUUAGUCAUCUGCGCUCUCUGCUGGAUUCAGAUACUCCAACUCCACCUCCUGUAACCGCACCUCCAUCAGCAGUUACCACACAUCCCCCAGGCAACAGCAUAACUACCAGGGCUCCAACAACUACCAGGGCUCCAACAACUACCAGGGCUCCAUCAACUACCAGGGCUCCAACAACUACCAGGGCUCCAUCAACUACCAGGGCUCCAACAACUACCAGGGCUCCAACAACUACCAGGGCUCCAACAACUACCACAACCAAAAAAACAACCGUGGGUGUCUCUGGAAAGGAUUUCUGUUCUGGGAAGGCUGACGGCCUCUACGUAAAUGACAUGAACCCCAGCUCCUUCUAUCAGUGUUCUCACGGAAACACAUACCUCCAGCUGUGUUCCGGUAGUCUUGUUUUCAGUAAAAGCUGCAACUGCUGCAACUGGGCUUAGAUAAAUGUCUUCUUCGUGAAACAAAACUGACUUUUAUUUCUAAAAUGUUUAAUUUUAUUACAUUUGUGGUGUCUGGCGAAUGAUUACGUGCAGAAUUAGGCUUUUGAGGUUCUUUUUUUAAUACACUUUCAUUACUUGUUUGAAUCACAACUUAUAUCCUGCUAGCUUCUGCGGUUUUAUAGAAUGAAGUUUAAUCCCCAGUUAUAUAGAAUUAAAAUCAAACUGUCCUAUUAUUGUUUGUAUCACUAUAUAUCUUAUAAAGCUUUACCAAGAAAUCA